AAAACAGCGCAGGGUAAUUAUGCUCUCCAAGUUUGAAAAAGAGCUUCUGGUCACUAUUUGGGAAAAGGUGGCUGAAGAUGCCGAGGAAAUUGGUGCAGAAUCUCUCCUAAGGAUGUUUUCCUGUUUUCCUAAAACCAAGACAUACUUUGCCCACUUAGACAUCAGUCCUCAAUCUGAGCAUCUUCGCUCUCACGGGAAGAAGAUCAUCAUGGCAAUAGUGGAAGGGUCUAAGAAUAUCAGUGCGUUAACCACCACAAUGGCACCCCUCAGCGCAUUGCAUGCCUACCAGCUGAAAAUACAUCCAACCAAUUUCAAGCUCCUGUGUCACUGUAUCCUUGUGACGCUGGCAUGCCGAAUGGCUGAUGAGUUCACACCGGUGGCACAUGCUGCCCUAGAUAAGUUCCUCUCUGCCCUUGCAGCGGUGCUUUCUGAGAAAUACAGAUAAGAGGUCUUGUUGAGAUGCAUGAGCUGUGUGUUCUGUGUGCUUCGAAGAGCUUCAGAAUUGCAC